CGUGAUGAACGUCGAAGCUAUCAUCUGACCUAUCCAGCCAACAUCAAUAGCUGUAUAGGUGGCAGAAGUUCAUUGAUAGAUUCAUUUUCGCAUCUGGAUUUGCCCCUACUGGUUUCCGUUGUUUCACUGCACAAAGUCAAGGUCACCAGCACCUCCAACCUCCCUCCUUCCGGCUCUUCUGCGCUUAUUCCUCCGGUCCACGCCUACUAAUUCCAUCGGAUACAUCUUCAUUCAAAAUGUCACAAAGCCAUGCACUAUCCGACGACCAGGUCGCGGGCGAGCUCCGCAAAAUGACCGCGUUCAUAAAACAAGAAGCCCUAGAAAAGGCCCGUGAGAUCCAAAUCAAAGCCGACGAAGAAUUCGCCAUUGAAAAAUCCAAGCUCGUCCGCCGGGAGACUGCCGCCAUCGACACCCUCUACGAAAAGAAGUUCAAACAGGCCGCUAUGUCUCAGCAGAUCACUCGCUCGACGCUCGCGAAUAAGAGUCGCCUGCGUGUUUUGUCUGCGAAACAGGCUGUGCUGGAUGAGCUGUUUGAGCGAGCGAGAGAGAGCCUGAGUGUUGUCUUGGAGGAGGGCCAAAGAAACAAGGCCAAGGAAAAGGAGAGGAAAGAGUACGGGGAGGUUUUGAAGGGCUUGGUGCUCGAAGGACUGUAUGCAUUGAACGAGAAUAAGAUUCAGGUUCGGGCGCGAAAGAAAGAUUAUGACGCGGUCAAGAAGGCUGGCAAGGAGGCGGCCAAAGAGUUCGAAGAGAAAGUUGGCAAGGAGGUUUCUGUGGAGCUUGACGAGAGUGAGCCACUUCCGGAAGCAUCCGCGGGUGGUGUUAUCAUCGUCGGCGGCGGGGGCAAGAUCGAGAUCAUCAAUACUUUCGAAGAGCGGCUUAGGCUCCUUGAAUCAGACGCGCUUCCGGUGGUUCGAGAAUUGCUGUUCGGCAAGAACGAAAACCGGAAAUUCUACGAUUGAAGCUUUGUGCGGAGUACGCACGCUUUCUUGCUGCUAGGGCUUUUCUUUCUUUAUUUUUUUGGUCUUUCGCUAGAGCUGAGCCACAUUAUAUGUGAUAUUACGCUUUUGUUUGGCUAUGUUCUAAUCUUAUAGCGUCUUUUUCCUACGUAGAUGCUCUUUACUGGUAGUUUUGGGAUAAGAACGGGCGGGCUUAUAUUAGUGCCGAUAUUAUUUCAAACAUAGUUUAAAUACAUAAUAUCCAGGGAAUUGCUUCCUCCGCUGGGAGUUGGGGCGACGGCAUUGAGUAAAUCGUCAAGGUCAUUACGUUAUGGCUGUCU